GGGGUAGUUUGUCCAUCGGUUGCUUCGAGAAUCUUCACGGUCGACGAAGAAGACGUUGUGAGACGCAGGUCCCGUGGUGUAGUGGUUAGGACUCAGGACUCUGAAUCCUGCGACGGGAGUUCAAAUCUCCAUGGGGACCUUCAGUGGAGAUACAAGAAACCUACAGAAUUGCAAACUGUGUCCCAGACAGAAGAUCCCGAAUUAAAAUAUGCCGCGGUAGUUUGUCCAUCGGUUGCUUGGAGAAUGUUCACCGUCGACGAAGAAGGCGUUGUGGCGCAGGUCCGGUGGUGUAGUGGUUAG